AUGAAUGGCAUAAUACCUGCAUCUUUACCGUACAACAGCGUCAGGGAUGAUAUCAAUCACGAGAAUGUGUUUGAUGAUAUUAGGAUACAGAGAGGCACUGAUCCAAACAAGCGAGCUUUUUGGAACCGUGAUAUCACAAACACUGAGCUUCUGAAAAUCGUCGAUUUAGAACGGAUCCACGGCCGACUGUCUGUGCCGUCUUCCCCAGCGUUCGACUGCUCUCUCUGCCCAGCGCUCGUCGAGCUCGUCUGGGCUCCCCGACGGUCUUCCCGGCGCUCUCCCUCUCGAGCGCUCUCCCUCCCGAACUCGUCCUCACCCCAGACUCCACUCAUGGCCGCCACUGCAGGAUCGGCCAAGCGCCCCCCGCAAAAGCCCCCUGUCCGGCCCCUGGCACCCGGCUCAACCUCGUCGGCCGCAGCGGCCUCGGCGGCGGCCGUUGCCAACUCUGGGGGCGUCGACCUCACCCCCGCCGUGCGGCGCAACAAGAAGCGCAAACUCCCCGAGAAGCAGCUCCCUGACCGCGUCGACGCGCUGCUCCCAGAGUCCGCCCUCUACACGCAGCUGCUCGAGUUCGAGGCCCGCGUGGACACCGCGCUUGCGCGGAAGAAGGUAGACAUCCAGGAGGCGCUCAAGACGCCGCCCUCGCUCCAGCGCACACUCCGCAUCUACGUCUUCAACACCUUCGCCAACCAGGGGCCUCGCACCAUCCCACCGCCCAAGAAUGCUGACCCGCCAACCUGGUCGCUCAAGAUCAUUGGUCGCGUGCUGGAGGACGGCGCCGAGCUGGAUCCUUCCAGUGUUGUGCCCAAGCACAACCCAGUGUACCCCAAGUUCUCCCAAUUCUUCAAGAGGGUGACUAUAGCGCUGGACCCCUCUCUGUACCCAGAGAAUCCGCUCAUCAUCUGGGAGAAUGCACGGACAGCUGCCCAGCAGGAAGGGUUCGAGGUAAAGAGGAAAGGGGAUAAAGAGUUUGUUGCAAACAUCCGGCUGGAGAUGAACUACAAUCCUGAGAAGUUCAAGCUGUCACAGCCGCUUAUGGAGGUGCUUGGGGUGGAGGUGGACACUCGCGCACGGGUGAUUGCUGCCCUCUGGCAGUAUAUUAAAGCAAAGAAGCUUCAGAACCCAAAUGAUCCUUCCUUCUUCAUGUGUGACCCUCAAUUGAAGAAGGUGUUUGGGGAGGACAAGCUCAAGUUUGCAAUGCUGUCACAGAGGAUAUCGGGCGUGGAGAGCGCUCGGGAGGGAGAGCGCCGGGGAAGACCGUCGGGAGCCCAGACGAGCUCGACGAGCGCCGGGCAGAGAGAGCAGUCGAGCGCCGGAGAAGACGACGCAGACCGGUCGUGGAUCCGUUCUAAGAAACGGACUGCCGUAACAACGAGUUGAGCGCCAGCUAAAUCUUAAUCAGAUAUCGAAAUUCUGAAGUUCAACGGAUUAUAAUACUAAAAUUUCAA